CAAAGUAGACUGAGGGACUACAGUAAGCAAUGAAGGCAAAAAUUACCCUGGUGAAGUUAUGCCACUUAGAAACCUAAACACUAGCCCGAGCCGGCAGGAAGCUGGUCUGACCACUCCAGGUGGCUAUGACUGCAGGGAGGAUUUCUGCCACUCCACAGCGCCCAGCAAGAACAUCUGGAAGAAAUACGAGCUGGUGCCAUCGCCCCUCACGUCGCCGCCCUGGGGCUUGGUUCCCGGAGCAGGGGACCCGGGACCCGGGAUUGGGCCCCUCAGACCUGGCCUGGAGGGUGCGCCGGAGACUAAGCAGAAUCCCGGGGCCACGCGAAAGGUUGGGGCAGGAACUAUGUCUCCAUCAUCCGCUGGGACUGCAUGUGGAGUGGCUUCUCGGCCCGAGAACGGCUGGAGAGAGCGGUGGGUGACCCACGGGAACCUGCUGAAGGCCUCCGCCACCCCGGACUGCACUCCCGGCCUCGAAGCCUGCAACCCGGCACCCGCCGCCCCUAGUCCCCUGGGCGAACCCGAGACCCAGGCCUGCUCCGGGUCCCAGAGCCCAGGUGACUCGGAGAAUGAAGAAAUCGAUGUUGUGACAGUAGAGAAGAGGCAGUUUCUGGGUAUUCGGAAGCCGGUCACCGUCACGGUGCAAGCAGACCCCCUGGAUCCCUGCAUGAAGCACUUCCACACCUCCCACCAUCAGCAACCGCACAACUAUGCUGCCCGUUUUCCUCUGGAAAGCUGCUCCCAAGAAGAGGCUCCAGAGAGGGGUCCCCAAGAGGAGGCUCUGGAGAAAGAUGCUGCAGGGGAAAAGGAAAAUGAGGAGGAUGAAGAGAUUGUGAGGCCCUCACCUGCGGAAAGUGAGGCUACCCAGUCCUGCCACCCCAAGAACCACAACUUUCUGGAGCGCAAGAGGCGGAAUGAUCUGCGUUCGCGGUUCUUGGCCCUGAGGGACCAGGUGCCCACCCUGGCCAUGUGCUGCUCUAAGGCCCGUAAAGUAGCGAUCCUAAUCAAGGCCUUGGAAUACUUGCAAGCCCUUGUGGUGGCUGAGAAGUGGAUGGCUAUGGAGAAAAGGCAGCUCCGAUGCCAGCAGCAGCAAUUGCAGAAACGAAUUGCAUGCGUCAGUGGCUACUGAUCAGAAAGCCUCACUGUUCUGU